UUGGCCCUGACAAUGUCCCAGGCUAUAUUGCUGUAUUAAAACUGGCAAGCUUCCUGGCUAGCUUGAAAGAACAGCUUACUCCAUUAACAUCGGAGGAGGCAGACAGUCUCAUUAAGUUAUGGAAUGGCUAAAGUUUCCCCUGAGGGUAUCUCCUUCACCAGGGCCUGGUCACUUCAAAAGUCCCAAGAAACAAGUAGCUUUGGGAGUUACAAGCAUCCAAAGAGCUAUUCUUGGACCCAACCCCACUCGGGCUAACUGGCCUGAUUGCAAUCGGUAUGUGGAGGCCACCAUUGAGAAAUUGGUUGCUGCAUACCCGAGCGAUAGGCGGUCUAAGAAAACCAAAACUUCCACCACUCGCUGGAAUCUCAUGAAGAAUGCCUACUCCUGUAUCCAGGGCCUAAUUAUGUCCAACCGCAGGGUGAUGACUGAGACAGAUAUACAGCUCUCAAGUGUUAAUAUUAAGACAAUACAACAGUGGUACAACAAAAAAGGAAAGGAGAAAGACCUACAAGUUGUUCUCCAAGGCAUAGAUCUGCCUCAGCCCUCCAUAUCCUGGACUGGCGCUCCACAGCCGAAAGAUAAGCCAGCCACUUUCAGUGUGGGACAAGGUGAAUCAUUUUCAUUCCCAGACCCUCAAGAUACAGCAGGCAUGGCAAAACUGAAGCGCCCAAGGUUACAACAGGCUACAACGUCUUCACCUACAUUUUCGCCCUGUCGUGCCAGCCACAGCCCACCCCGUGAAACAACCACUUCCACAUGAAACUGCUGCGUCCUCCAUUGGAGUGUGGCCAAGUAUUUCACCUGUGCCCAUAUUACCCUCUGUUGUAUUCCAAAAUAUCAAGUCAACACCAGGUCAGGCUGUGCCCCCGUUGUC